AUGCCUUCACAUCACCAAGAAAUACGGCAUCAAAGCACUCCAAUUUCGUCCAACGCCAAACACAACGCGUCUUCAUGGUUCGUCGAGGAUCGGAGAGGGGACAGACGUAAUCUGGAAUAUGCUUCUCCAGAUCGCUAUGCCAUCCCACGAUACUACACUUCAGGGGGGGGUGCAUUAAUUGGUCUCAGUCCCAAUUAUCGCAUUGUUUCGAAGUCUGACACUCGCCGUGAGGUCCAGGACGUUGGACUCGACUCGGGACGAAAGUCGCGCAAGCAGUCUCUGCUUUCCGCCAUCCCCGAGAGCGAUGACUUGCUCAUCAGAGUCCCCAGCAGUCCCAGUCAAAACGAUGAUCUCCAGAGGGAUUUUUUGAGGUUCUCUGAUAGUCGACCGAAGAAGAGGCGGCGUUUGUCGACGGACCUGGAUGGAAGUGCAUCUUCGGCGGACUCCAGUGACCUGUCCGAUGGAGAAGAUAGACAACGUGGUAAAUCUGAACAUGACGCGUUUGAUGCUUUCAAAAAUGACCCUAUUCACCAGCGCCACAUGGAACUCUCUCGGGCCACCACCGAACGCCCUGAAGAUGUGAAUGCAUGGCUCACUUUUAUCAAAUAUCAACAAGUCUCCUUUAGUGCCCGCCACGAAUAUCGCACACAUAGUGCUGCGACAUCGCGGAGUCUCGCUGAUAUCAGAAUUUCAUUGUACGAACAAGCACUAUCUAAUGUCAAAGAUCCCGCCGGGCGACAUGCCUUGAUCCUGGGUCUAAUGCAGGAGGGCAGCAAGAUCUGGGAUGUUCAAAAGCAAGCCUCGCAGUGGCAACCUUUUCUCGACAAAGACUCAACUUUUGAUUUGUGGAUACUGUAUCUAAACUUUAUCCAGAGCAAUGCAGUGAGGUUCAACUUGGACUCAUGCUUGCAUGUGUAUAGGACUUGUCUGGCCAAGUUCUCUUCAUCGGAGGAUGGCUCUUUCCGGGACUCGCAAUGCAUCUACCUCCUUCUUCGCUUAACUUUGCUUCUUUGGCAAUCUGGCUUCACCGAGCGAGCAAUCGGCCUUUGGCAGGCCGUGCUAGAGUUUAAUCUCUUCCGACCCUGCGAGUUGGCGACCGAUACGCUUCUAUCAGAGUUUGAGCAAUUUUGGUCUUCGGAAGUGCCGCGCAUUGGAGAAGACGGAGCAACAGGGUGGUACUCAAAUUCGCACGUUGAACCCGAGCCCAAGGUCGACAAGGAGCCUCCCAAGGUGGGCGCCCACGAUUUCACUGCGUGGGCACACGCCGAGAUUUAUCUGGAGAAGUAUGCAAGCCUCCCGGCCCGAGCUCUGGACGACGUACCCGAUGAUGAUCCCUAUCGGAUUCUCUUAUUUUCAGACAUUCAGGAGUUUAUCUUCUCAACUGAAUCGAAGCGAGGGACAGAACUCCUUCAAGAUGCCUUCUUGUUGUUCCUCGGUCUGCCGCCAUGCCAUCUCUUGCGGGAACCUCAGAAAUGGAAAGAAGAUCCAUUUAUCUAUACUUCGAGUCUUGCCUUUUCGGAUCCAGACAUGUUGACCGGGAAGAAGCAUGCCGACACUACUGUUGUCGCCACUUCACUCCAUGACGUGUUUCGGACAAUGAAAUCGAUAAUGGCCUCUUCGGACUUGGACACGAUUCCAUCCUCCUCCCAACGACCAGUACACCUCGUACCGGACUUUGUCCGGCGGGGAGUCUCCCAAAUUGCGCGCGUCACUUCGAAUCGCCAUGCACCGAAUGAGAACAUGAUGGAGUACGCCAUAGCUCUCGAUGCCGGGAUUGAUCCCAGAUCGGCUCGAAAACAAGCCAAGUCGUUCCUCAAGAAGAACCCCAACAGCCUCCGUCUGUACAACGUGUAUGCCUUGGUCGAGAAUGAAGCCGGUACUUUUGGGGCGGCAGAAAAGGUAUGGUCAACUGCUCUGUCCAUGCAGCAUGGCCUGCCUUUGCCUUUGGAAAGUCGGCGUCGGGAUAUGUUGGGAUUAUGGAGAGAUUGGAUCUUUUCAUACAUGAGACAAAGACGGUUUCAUCACGCUAGAAUUCUUCUAAGCAUGAUGACCGAUGAGCCCUUUGACUUUGGCCGGUUUCAAGCCCAAGUCUCGAAUGGUAGUGCGCCGUCUGCGGCGAAUCAGGUCAAGAUCGAGCGGCAUCUACGACUAGAGUACUCGGCUCAUCGGGUCUCUUCCCCAGGUCGGACGUUGCCGAUCAUUGCCGAUCUUCUUGCUCUACAAAAAUACCUCAAUGGAGGCUUCCGCCUCGGGGACGCACUGGAUGCGUACCGUGACCUUCUCCGAGAGACAGAGACGACCACGGUGAGCACCACUGGGGUGGACCUGUCGAUGGUGACGGAAAAGGUCCACGAACGCCGCGCGCAGUUUGUGUAUGCCCAUUCGUCGAUCUACGCACAGCCAUUUAGACCGAAAGAAGCCCGGCAGGUCCUUGCGGAUUCGACACGACUGUUCCCGAACAACACCACCCUUCUGACACUGCAUCACUACUUUUUGCAGAAGUCAGGACUGGUAGAUCGUCUUCGCCAGUGGGACGACACGAACGCCAACGGUCUCGCGGUUGAACCGAGGGGCGCAGGUUCUGCCGUCGCCGCCCCCCGCGGCGGUGAGGGUGGUGGCGGCGUCAUCUCCUCGUCCUUUGGCGUUCUCGUCGAACUCGGCCGUCCCUCGUACGCAGGAAGCACAGACCACAGCGUCCGCGCGGCGUUCAAACGAGCCACGACCACGAGCAGCCAAGAGGCCACGACGGGACCUCCGUGGUGCGUCGAUACGUGGAAGUCCUAUGUCACGUGGGAAAGCACCAAGAGUGCCGAUGCCGGCGGUGGCGGCGGCCUCGGGGACGGAAAGGAUCUCGAGUCGGCGAAGGGCGUGCGUCAGGCCCACCACCGUCGACACGCCGAUCAGAACGACGACGACGACGACGACGGGCGUGCUUUACAACGACACCACAACCAGCAGCAUCGGCGACGGCUCACCGCCCUCACCGACACCUUCUACGCCGCGAUCAGAGCUUGUCCGUGGUCGAAGGAGAUGCACAUGCUCGCGUUCACAGAUCCUCACCUGGCGUCCGCGCUGGGAACCGAGGGUUUGAAGAGGUUACACGAGAGCAUGACGGACAGAGGUCUUAGGUUGCGCACGACAGUACCAGGUGCCUGA